UGCGCCCGGGGUUUCACCGGAGGUGCCGGGAGGCUUCGGGCGGCGGCCGGGCUGCGCGGACCUGCCCUCGCCAUCCGUCCCCUGCGGCGCGCGCUGCGAGGCUCGAUCGGCGAGGACCGAGUCUCCGGGAGGGACCGGAUCAGUGUCUCAGUUUAAAAUGGUGAAUUACUCCUAUGAUGAAGAUCUUGAGGAACUCUGUCCCGUUUGUGGAGAUAAAGUGUCUGGGUACCAUUAUGGGCUCCUCACCUGUGAAAGUUGCAAGGGCUUUUUUAAGCGAACAGUUCAAAAUAAUAAAAGGUACACGUGUAUAGAAAACCAGAACUGCCAAAUUGACAAGACACAGAGAAAGCGUUGUCCUUACUGUCGAUUUCAAAAAUGUCUAAGUGUUGGAAUGAAGCUAGAAGCGGUAAGGGCGGACCGAAUGCGUGGAGGGAGGAAUAAGUUUGGGCCCAUGUACAAGAGGGACAGGGCCCUGAAGCAACAGAAAAAAGCCCUCAUCCGAGCCAAUGGACUUAAGCUAGAAGCCAUGUCUCAGGUGAUCCAAGCCAUGCCCUCCGAGCUGAGCAUCUCCUCUGCAAUUCAGAACAUCCAUUCUGUCUCCAAAGGCCUACCUCUGAACCACGCUGCCUUGCCUCCUACAGACUACGACCGGAGUCCCUUUGUAACGUCCCCCAUCAGCAUGACAAUGCCACCUCCUGGCAGCCUGCAAGGCUACCAGACCUACAGCCACUUUCCCAGCCGGGCCAUCAAGUCUGAGUACCCAGACCCCUACACCAGCUCCCCGGAGUCCAUCCUGGGCUACUCCUACUUGGACAGUUACCAGACCAGCUCCCCGGCCAGCAUGCCCCACCUGAUCCUGGAACUGCUGAAGUGUGAGCCCGAUGAGCCCCAGGUCCAGGCCAAGAUCAUGGCCUAUUUGCAGCAGGAGCAGGCGAGCCGCAGCAAACACGAGAGGCUGAGUACAUUCGGGCUAAUGUGCAAGAUGGCAGAUCAGACCCUCUUCUCCAUCGUGGAGUGGGCCCGGAGUAGCGUCUUCUUCAGGGAGCUCAAGGUUGAUGACCAGAUGAAGCUGCUUCAGAACUGCUGGAGUGAGCUCUUAAUUCUCGACCACAUUUACCGACAAGUGGUUCACGGAAAGGAAGGAUCCAUCUUUCUGGUUACUGGGCAACAGGUGGACUAUUCCAUCAUAGCCUCACAAGCGGGGGCCACACUCAACAACCUCAUGAGUCACGCACAGGAGUUGGUGGCAAAGCUUCGUUCUCUACAGUUUGACCAACGAGAGUUCGUGUGUCUGAAAUUCUUGGUGCUCUUUAGUUUAGAUGUCAAAAACCUGGAGAACUUCCAGCUGGUCGAAGGUGUCCAGGAGCAAGUCAACGCUGCCCUGCUGGACUAUACAAUGUGCAACUACCCACAGCAAACAGAGAAAUUCGGGCAGCUGCUACUCCGACUACCUGAAAUCCGGGCCAUCAGCAUGCAGGCCGAGGAAUACCUCUACUACAAGCACCUGAACGGGGAUGUCCCCUACAACAACCUGCUGAUUGAAAUGCUGCAUGCAAAACGAGCUUAGUUACAGCCCCUAGGAGUGCGGCUUCCAAAACACAAAGAGAUCGGUGGUGGGGAAAGAAGAACAGGAAGAAAGGGAAAAAAAAAAAAAUACUCUGAAUGGCUCCAAGCAACACAAAUUAAACACUUGGUUUAAAGAUAUUGAAUUUAAUAAAGCAUAAUAAUCAAAUACUUAAUAGCCAAUAAAUGAUGGAUCAGGGUAUUUGUAUUGCAGACUGUGAAUCAAAGGCAUCACAUCCCCAAAGAAUUCCGUAUAAAAGACAUUGGAAUGGAGUGAAUUGAACUCACAGGUGGAUCCCAACACCACAUCAGGAUGAAAAUGGACAGAACAGUUCUUGUAUAUUGAAACUGAUCUCCGCUGUGAAGAAAUCUAGGAACUGAUCUGUGUUAUCCGUUAGGCUUUCGCAGCGGGGGAUUUGAGCUUACAGAAUUCCUCCGUGGUAAAGCUGAACUGAAGCCAUUCUCAAGAGUUCAUCAGCUGCACCGAUCAUAGCCCUUCCCUCUUCCUUUCAAGGACGCAGCACCUUCUGUCCCGUGAUCACGGAAUCUGUACUAAGGACUCGCGCUCAGCCACACCCACUAGUAGCUCCACCAAAUCAUGAAAAGCCUAAUCUUGAAUGUCUGUGUCUUAGACCUGCAAACAGCUAAUAAGAACAGUCUAUGAAUAUAUUAGCUUGCCAUUUUGACUAUGUUCUGGUUUGUUUUGUCAUGUGUUCAUGUUAAAAAAAAAAAAAAGCAGGCAGUA